CUUUCAAACAAACCACACGCAAGGGUAUUUUUUAACUAACUUAGAAAAUUUUUUUUUUUACGCAUCUAGAAACCAUUUUAAGAUAUGAAGAAGAUAUUUAAAGAUUUAGUGUAUGGAGAAAAUGUGACACCAUUACCAGCUUUUAAAGUGUUUUCAUUGUUUGUGCUCUUCGUGUUCAAUGCAAUGGUGAUAUCCUCCCAAUAUGCUUAUCUUCCACAACUUACUAAGUCUUUCGGAGUUUCAGAGGUUCAGACAGGACAAAAAGUUGGGAUUAUCGUCUCUAGCUAUUACAUUUCUCGAAUAUUCACCAGUUUACUAUGGGGAAAUAUGAGCGAUCGAUUUCCUAAAAAAUAUGUCUUGAUACUGUCUUCACUUGGAACCGCGUUCGCCUGCAUUGUAUUUGGUUUCACAGAAACUUUCACAUGGGCUGUUGCGGCAAAAUUCUUUACUGGUUGCUGUGCCGGAAUAGUCAUCGUGGGCAAAACCAUUUUGGUUGACAUUUGUGAUGAUACAAACAUGCCUCUCGGAAUGACAAUAAUAAUGUCCUCGUUUUCCACCGGAUUAGUUACAGGACCAGCUUUAGGAGGUUAUUUAUCUUUUCCUUCAGAAAAAUACUCUAAUGUUUUCAGCAAAGAAUCUUUAUUUGGCCGUUACAACAUAUUACUUCCAAACUUAAUAUUGGCUAUUGGAUUGUUUACAUCUACUGGCAUGUUCAUAUUGGCAUUUCGAAAGAAUUUUCGAAAUUCAGACGGAUUGAUAGAAGAAGGGCCUUUACAGAAAUAUAGAAGUAAAUAUGGAGCAACACGAGUGGAUGAAACUCUAUAUUCUCCUAAGGUUACCACCAAUCAGCUUAUAGCACGAUAUUUUCAGUGGAAAAGAUUUAAAAAUUGGAUGUUAAAUACAACAUUUUGUAGACUGCUUCGGAUCAAAAGUUGUGUUUUGAGUUGUGUAUUAACAGCAAUAUAUUACAUGCUGACUUUGGCUUAUGAAGAAAUUUAUCCAGUGUUGGCUACAACAUCAACAAAAUAUAAUGGUUAUGGAUUUAAUACAAAGGAUAUUGGUCUGUCACUUCUGAUAGUAUCAUGUUUAAUGAUAGCAGUACAAGUACCUUUGCUAGGAAAGCUAACAAGUAAAUAUGGUCCAAGAAAGGUUUUUAUCUUUUCUUCACUUGCAUUGGUUUUUUGUUGUCCAAUCAAUGUAUCAAUUCAAUCUAUUCCAAACAAAAAGUUCUUUUGGACAUGUGUUAUCAUUAUUUCAUUACUGACACGCCUCGCACUUGAAGGAGGAUUUGUCACUGUAAAUGUGUUUGUGAAUAACUCUGUAACAUCCGACCUUGUUGGAUCAGCAAAUGGAUUGUGUAUGUCUCUGACGUGCUUAACGAGGAGCGUGGCACCUACAUUAUUCGGUAGUUUAUUUUCUUGGUCGUUGGAAAACAUCAAAGAUGUGGGAGAAAAUAAGAAUCCACUCGGUUUUCCAUUUAAUCAAUAUUUUACCUUCUACCUUCUUUCUAUUUUUAGUAUUUUUAACGCUUUUUUUGUAACACAGUUAACGAGAAAUAUAGAUCGAAAACAUUAGAAAACAGUUUUUAUAGUUACGAGUUCAAUUAAGGCGUCCAUGUUAUGACAAGAAAAAAAGAACCUAACUAUGCAUUUCACAAGACAGAGCUAGUUUUUGUAUCAGUAUGCAUGUUCUGUUGCGAUUUUUGUACCUAUCGCAAUUUGUAAUAAA